GCUCGAUUAGUCUGUUUUUGAGCCUCGCUUGAUACGGUCGUUGCUGCAGUUGAGCUCAGAAAGCAAGUCAAGUGAUAACGCGGGAAACAAAGCACUAAAGAUGGGGCAAUCGCUGCCAUUGCUCAUCCGCCUCGUCUUCGUUGUCUGGCUGACAAUUAAUUUGGUCACCGCAUGUCCCCGGGCGCCCACCCACUUAAACCACGGCCGACGCACACGCGGUGACAAUGGAUACAAAUUAAUUGUGGCCGAUGGACCCAACGGAUACGUUCCGGGCAAGACAUAUAAUUUGCUUUUACUUGGAUCCCGAACUCACACAAAAAUCCAGCAUUUUACUCACUUCACUAUUGCUGCGGAGGCACACACUGGAGCAAGACGACCUCAGGCAGCCAGUCCAAGGCGAGUGGGUCGCUUCCAGCUGUUUAGUGACUCCCUGACCCAAUUUAAUGAUCGAUGCGUAAAUACAGUUUCCGAGGCCGACGAUCUGCCCAAAACGGAGGUCCAGGUGAUGUGGGUGGCUCCGGAAGCGGGUUCCGGAUGCGUAUCCCUCUCCGCGAUGGUCUAUGAAGGCCCAAGGGCCUGGUUUGCCGACGAUGGCAACCUAUCCACCGUGAUCUGUGAGCGUAAACCUGAUGCCGCUGCUGCUCAGAAAGAAUGCUGCGCCUGCGAUGAAGCCAAAUACAGCUUCGUUUUUGAAGGCAUCUGGUCGAAUGAAACUCAUCCCAAGGAUUAUCCCUUUGCAAUCUGGUUGACUCACUUUUCCGAUGUGAUUGGUGCCUCGCACGAGUCGAAUUUCUCCUUCUGGGGUGAGAACCACAUAGCCACGGCCGGAUUCCGAUCCUUGGCAGAGUGGGGAUCACCGGCUGCAUUGGAAACGGAACUGCGAGCAAAUGGUCCCAAGUUGCGCACCUUAAUUAAGGCCGCUGGCUUGUGGUACCCGAAUGUCAACCAAAACACGUCCUCCAAGUUCCGUGUGGAUCGCAAGCAUCCGAAGGUAUCCCUAGUUUCCAUGUUUGGUCCUUCCCCCGAUUGGGUGGUGGGGAUUAGUGGCCUGGAUCUGUGCACUGAGGAUUGCAGCUGGAAAGAGUCUAUGGACUUUGAUUUGUACCCCUGGGAUGCGGGUACCGACAGUGGCAUCUCAUACAUGUCACCCAAUUCGGAAACGCAGCCUCCGGAGAGAAUGUAUCGUAUCACCACUAUGUAUCCCGAAGAUCCUAGGGCACCCUUUUACAAUCCUCAAAGCCGCGAGAUGACACCUCUGGCCAAAUUGUACCUGCGACGUGAAAAGAUUGUCUCCCGGAAUUGCGAUGAUGAGUUUCUUCAGGCCCUUCAGUUGGAGGUGUCGGAUGAUGCCGAGGAGCAAGACACCAGAGUUGAAUGCCGGGUCAGUGAAUACUCCGCUUGGAGCCCCUGUUCCGUGACUUGUGGAAAAGGAAUACGCAUGCGUAACCGGCAAUUUUUGUAUCCCGCUGCCGCGGAACAGAAGAAAUGUUCCCGCCAACUCGUUUCCAAAGAAAUGUGCGUGGCCUCUAUACCCGAAUGUGCAGGUGGUUCAUCCCAAUCAAAAGAUCGUGACGAUGAUGAGGGCGAGAACCUGGCCAAUUCGCAAUCCCUAGUGGGCAACAACGGUGAGGGAGCCGGCGUGUGCAAGACCUCACCUUGGAGCGUGUGGUCAGAGUGUUCGGCCAGCUGUGGCAUCGGAAUCACCAUGAGGACUCGCACCUUUGUCAAUCAUUUGGGACGCAAACGAUGCCCCCACAUUACGGUUGUGGAGAAGAACAAGUGUAUGCGGCCGGAUUGCACAUACGAACAGGUUGAGCUACCGGAUCCACAAUGUCCCACCACCCAGUGGAGUGACUGGAGUCCGUGCACCUCGACCUGUGGCCGGGGAGUAACCAUCCGUACCCGUCUGCUCCUUCUGGAGAAUGGUCCCGAUAAAGAGAACUGCACGCGACGCAUGGAGCUGCACCAGCAGAAGGAAUGCGUCAAUCCCGUGGAUUGCCACAUAAAUGAGGAGCAAGCCAAAGACAUCUGUGUCCAGGAACCGGAUAUGGGACCUUGCCGCGGAACUUAUAUGAGAUAUGCCUACGAUCCGCAAACCCAGCGUUGUAUUUCAUUUAGCUACGGAGGAUGCCGGGGCAACCGGAACAACUUCCUUACUGAGUUGGACUGCCUGAAUACCUGCAAUGUGAUCAGAUCAAGAAAUCCCUCGAGAUCUGAUCAACCUAAGGCCUGCGUUCUGUCGGAAUGGUCUCCGUGGUCGUCCUGCAGUGUUGGCUGUGGGGUCGGAGUCUCCGAAAGCCAUCGCUACGUGGUCAGCGAGUCUCAAAAUGGAGGACAGCCGUGCUCUAAGCGCUUGGUUAAGUCACGAUCCUGCUCCAUGCCGGCGUGCUAAUGCGAAAUCUUAUUUCUUACACUUUCACUCGUUAGAUAUCACUUUAUAAAUUCAAUCCUUUUAGGUGCUCUAUUGAUAACUUCUUUAAAAUCUUCCUUCUAAAUCCUGUAUCCCAUGAAUCCCUUGUUCAAUCUUAAUUCCCAAUAAGAACUUUUUCAAAAUAAAGUUUUUACAUAACACCUUU